GGAGAGUAUCAUUCGAGCACCAGUCCUUGUCUCGCACGAGCUCGCCUCACUCAUUCUCAUCACAGCCUUCGCGGGCGAUGGAGCUCGUCGCCGACGUGAUUUGAACGCGUUUGAAAUCAUGGUCCCGACAGGCGCUUUGGAGGGAAAGCAGAGAGGAGAAGCACUCCAGGAGUCUAACGAGAACUUGUUGGCGGCGUCUGAGUUGUGGAAUUGGAGAGCUGGGAUAUUUCUUCCUCUGCUGUGGCUUCAUGAGCUGAGAGGCUCCGUCGUGAUUGCGGUGUUGAUGCAGCAGCUCAUGAAAAUUAAGUGGGGGAUGAAGAGCCGAGUACGCAGCAUGGGUGUAGCCGCGGGAAUUCCGCGAAUAUCGUUCUUGUCGGUCUGCAGAUGCUGCAGAAUGAAAUGGUGUGUACUUUUUUUGCAAAUGGCAAUCUCUGCAGCGGCGGUGGGAGAGUGGACGUAUGUUCCUGUAGUUGAUGUGAGAAUACAUUCAAACGUGUUGGACGUGAAUUCGUCGAGGCAAGCGCAGUUUGUUCCUAUGUUCGGAGCGCCUGGAGAUAUUGACAGCUCUAUCAAUGAUGGACACACGAUACGUUUGCGUUUGGAAAGCCACUCAGGCUCCGGGAUAAAGUCACAGAACUCUGUUUUCCGUGGGUUCUUUAAUGCGGCGAUAAAGCUACCAUGUGGCUUCAGUGGCAGUUCUGCUGGCAUUGUUUCAGCCUUUUAUGCAUCAAAUGGAGGAUAUUAUCCUUACAAUCACGACGAGAUCGACAUGGAAUUUCUAGGAGUAAGACCAGGCCAGCCUUAUGUAAUCCAGACCAACAUAUAUGCGGACGGCAAUACUGAAACUGGCCGGGAGGAGCGCUUUCAUCUGUGGUUUGAUCCCACUGUCGACUUUCAUAAUUACAGUAUUUUGUGGACAUAUCACCACAUUGUAUUUUUCGUUGACGACAUCCCGAUUCGGAGGUAUGUCUAUCAGCCGGAGCUGGGGAUCCCCUAUCCAGCUAAGCCUAUGAGCGCGUUUGCAACAAUCUGGGACGGUUCAACAUGGGCCACAGAGGGUGGGCAGUUUCAUGUGAACUACACUGAGGGUCCAUUUGACGCAACCUUUACUGACUUCCAACUGGAAGGCUGUAUUUGGGAUCCGAGACUGCAAUUCGCCAAACCUGAAUGUGCCUUACCUACUUACAAAGCGUGGUUUAACGACAAUGACAUGCAGGAGAUGUCUGACAAGCAGAUGAUUGCCUUGGAGUGGGCACGAUCAAAUUUUAUGUGGUAUAGUUACUGUGAUGAUUUAGAGCGGUGGCCAGAGCAGCCUCCGCGGGAAUGUCCUCAAAGACUAGGAGAUCUGGGUAGUUUAGUCACCAGCGAAUCGCUACCAUCAAGUAAAAAAGGACCUUGUGGAGAGACUCCCGAAUUAAAACCUCUUACAAGGCCUUGGCCUAAAAACCUUCCUUCUGUCUCAGAGCACAAGCACAAGCUUAAUAGGAACACUGGAUUAUCUACUAAGUCACAAGCUUUCCAUUACCUCCCAUAUUCUCUGUGGAAAACGAAGCUUGAAGUAAAAUUGCUGGAAGCCGAGAGAGAACAUUGAUUAAAUCUUGAAUCAGUCACCUCAAUAUCUCCUGUCAGUAGCCUGAACCGGUUAGAAACCAGGUCACUCUCCUUCAGUGCCAUUGCACUAAAUCUCCUCAGGCCUUCGAUUUGGCGGGGAUGAUUGUACUUGUGGAGGAGUUUUAAAUUGAAAUAAAAUUUGGUGGAAUGGUCGCGGUUGCGCUGAGGCGUAGGGCAAGGAUUAUAUCCUCCAUCAGUGACAGGCCAUCAAUUAUUAAGCUG